AGAAAUUACAGUUUUAUACAAAUAACAUCUCAAUAAAAUCGUCGGUAUUGAUAGUAUCAAGUGUAAUAGUCGCUUACACUUUUGAUUUAUGCAAUUCUGACAAACACAUCUCCCAUCGAGCAUUGCGACCAUGCGCGAGAUCAGACAUCGGAUAAUAAAGAAUGGCUCCAAUCAACGAUGUCAUGAAGCUCUGUUGUGAGUUGUCUGCCAAUCAGCAAAUAAAGACCACAGUAAAGGGCUCAAUGAAAGGUUCCGCUGCAGCCGGGGGUCUUGCCUUUGCUGGUGGGAUGCUCGGAGGUCCCCUUGGUAUUGCUGUAGGUGGUGCUGUUGGUGGCCUCCUGGGGUGUUGGAUGACGAGUGGACAGUUCAAACCACUGCCCCAGAUUAUUAUGGAACUGGCUCCCCAGCAGCAACAGAGACUGUACGAAGAUGUCCUGGCUAUCCUUGGCAACAUGCAGUGGACAGACCUAGCCCAGCUAACUGCACUAGUGAUGGGCAACUCCACCAUGAAGCAGCAGGUUACUGCAGCCCUGCUUGGCUACAUCACCAAGGAGCUUCAAGCUGAGGUUCAUUAUGUAGACUAGACCCUGGGAGAUUGUAGGAUAUUAUUUAUCAUAGGAAAGAAAGAAAAUCCAAUCAAAAGGUUGUGGUGUGUUUGGGUCUUUUUAAUUGUUUGAGGUUUGACAGAUGCACUCUUAAGUUAUGCUGUGGAAAGUGUCAAAGUUAACUGGAUGGAUCAAAUUGAUUCCUAAGAGAUAUCCGCAAGGCAGCUAUAUUGCGAUUUGUUUAUGCUGGUGGUAGGGUCACAUCUUUGGCCUUCAGGUUAAUAAACCAAAUUUUUGAA